GGCUCGACCGCGAGCGAGCGGGCGCGCGGGGUGCGUCGGCGUUCGGGCUCGCUGCCCCCGCCCGGCGCAGCCUCCGGCUCGGGCCCGCGGAGCGCCGUGCCCAUUUAAGGAGGCGGACCGUACCACCAGAACUUUCUUGGCAGGGGGUAUUCGGGCGAACUCCGGCAACUUUCAGGGAGCGGACAGACGAUUUCGCUUCUCUUCCGACGCCGGCCCGAGCUCUGGUGCUGCUCGCUGGGAGCUGUGCGCUGGUGGGCUGUGGCCGUGGGCUUCUCCGGUUUCCCUUCUGCGAAAUCGCCCCGAGGGAUCUCACUGGCUCUGCACACGGACGCGACGUUCCCCGAGCUGGUCCAAAGUGUAGUUCGCCUGCAGAGGCCCCAGUGCCCGGAUGUCCAUCAGGCUUAGUGGGAGCCUAUACGGCCCGAGCCCGGAGCUGCACUGAGGACGCCCGGGUUCGGGAGCAGGUAGUCCGGUAACGCCGGGGAGUCGCGCUGGGGAGACCGUCCCCGCCCGGCCCCAGCAAAUGGUGAGCGCGGCGCUGGCGGAAGGGCCGCGGGUUGAAGGCUCCGAUGGACAGAAGUCCUUGAGCUCUGUAAACUGAAUGAUGGCAGCCCAGUCAAGCUUGUACAAUGAAGACAGAAACCUGCUUCGAAUUAGAGAGAAGGAAAGACGCAACCAGGAAGCUCACCAAGAGAAAGAGGCCUUUCCUGAAAAGAUCCCCCUUUUUGGAGAGCCCUAUAAGACAGAAAAAGGUGAUGAGCUAUCCAGUCGAAUACAGAACAUGUUGGGAAACUAUGAAGAAGUGAAGGAGUUCCUUAGUACCAAGUCCCACCCUCAUCACUUGGAUGCUUCUGAAAGUAGGUUGGGAAAGCCAAGAUAUCCUUUAUUUCCUGAGAAGGGGAGCAGCAUUCCACCCCACUCCUUCCACACUAGUGCCCACCACCAGCCUGUUAACACUCCUGCCUCUGGACCACUUCCUGUUGGUAACAUUAGCCACAAUCCAAAGAUGGCACAGCCAAGAAUGGAACCAAUGUCAAAUCCUCAUGUCAAAAGCUAUGGCCCACCAGACAGCCAGCACCUGACCCAAGAUCACCUCAGUCAGGAGGGCUGCGGCUCCAGUCAUCACAAAAAGGGUGAGCGCAGAGCUGAUGGAGACCGCUGUGCUAUGGUGACAGGCUUGGCUCCAGAGAGGGAGCUCGCUCCCUUACUCUGCUUGCCUUCUCCAGUUCCCCCACUGUCACCUGUACAUUCCAACCAGCAAACUCUUCCCAGGACACAAGGAAGCAGCAAGGUUCACAGCAGUAACAGUAACAGCAAAGGCUAUUGCCCGGCCAAAUCUCCCAAAGACCUCGUGGUAAAGGCCCACGAUAAAGAGACUCCUCAAGACAGUUUAGUGGCAGUUGCCAGCCUUGGCGUGGCCCCUCCCCAGCCACCUUCUCAGACUUUCCCCCCACCCUCCCUCCCCUCAAAAACUGCUGCAAUGCAGCAGAAGCCCACGGCUUAUGUCCGGCCCAUGGAUGGUCAAGAUCAGGCUCCUAGUGAGUCUCCUGAACUGAAACCACUGCCGGAAGACUACCGGCCACAGACCUUUGAAAAAACAGACUUAAAAGUGCCUGCCAAAGCCAAGCUCACCAAGCUGAAGAUGCCAUCUCAGUCAGCUGAGCAGACCUACUCCAAUGAAGUUCAUUGUGUUGAAGAGAUUCUGAAGGAAAUGACCCACUCAUGGCCGCCUCCUUUGACAGCAAUACACACGCCUAGUACAGCUGAGCCCUCCAAAUUUCCUUUUCCCACAAAGGAUUCUCAGCACAUCAGUUCUGCAACCCAAAACCAAAAACAAUAUGAUACAUCUUCAAAAAUCCACACUAAUUCUCAGCAGGGGACAUCCAUGCUUGAAGAUGACCUUCAGCUCAGUGACAGUGAGGACAGUGACAACGAACAAAGCCCAGAGAAGCCUCCUCCUGCAUCUGCACCUCCAAGUGCCCCGCAGUCACUUCCAGCAGCAGCGGCCUCAGCACAUUCCAGCAGCGCCGAGUCAGAGAGCACCAGUGACUCAGACAGCUCCUCGGACUCGGAGAGCGAGAGCAGCUCAAGUGACAGCGAAGAGAAUGAGCCCCUAGAAACUCCGGCUCCUGAGCCUGAGCCUCCCACAACGAACAAAUGGCAGCUGGACAACUGGCUGACCAAAGUCAGCCAGCCCACAGCGCCCCCAGACGCGCAGGGGAACGCAGAGCCCCCGUCUCGGCACCCGGACAGUAAGGGCAAGGGUGGGGGCGACUGCAGCGGCCCCACCGCCAGUCACGGUCAAGAGCGCACGGAAUCCAAAGAUCCUCCCCUCAAAAGCUCCAGCAAAGCCCCUCGGGGCUCCUCUGAAGGCCCCCACACCGGCAAGAGAAGCUGUCAGAAGUCCCCCGCGCAGCAGGAACCCCUGCAGAGGCAGACCGUUGGAACCAAACAACCCAAGAAGCCUGUCAAGGCCUCGGCCCAGGCAGACCCACGGGCCGGCCUGCAGGUGGAAAGUGAGCCAGGACCCCCUCCAUACGGCUCCAAAGACCAGCCUUCCAAAGACAAGCCCAAGGUGAAGACGAAAGGGAGGCCCCGUGCCGGAGACAGCAGAGAGCCCAAGCCCGCGGCACCCAGCCCCAGCGAGCGGAAGAAGCACAGGAGCGGGCCGCUGGCCCCCUCAAAGGCACUCUCGGGCCCAGAGCCCACGAAGGACAAUGUGGGGGCCAGGAGCCCCGAGCACUUUGCCCUGGUUCCCCUGACGCAGAGCCAGGGCCCGCCUCAUGGCAGCGGUGGCAGUGGCAGCAGCGGCAGGACUAGUGGCUGCCGGCGCGCUGUGGUCGUCCAGGAGGACCGCAGGAAGGACAAGCUCCCAGGACCUGGGAGAGACCCUAAGCUGCUGUCCCCACUCAGGGACACUCCUCCCCCACCAAUCUUGAUGGUGAAGAUAACCCUGGACCUUCUUUCUCGGAUACCCCAGCUUCCUGGCAAGGGGGGCCGUCCGAGGAAACCUGAGGACAAGCAGCCCCCCGCAGGGAAGAAGCUGGAGUCGGAGAAGAGAGGAGCAGACAAUUCAAACAAGUUGGCCAAAAAAAGAAAGGCUGAAGCAGAGAAAGACCAUGAUAGCAAGAAAGCCAGACCGGAGAAAGAAACCAAGUCACAGUCAUCAUCUUCAUCCUCCCACAAAGAAUCUUCUAAAACAAAAACAUCCAGGCCCUCCUCUGAGCCCUCAAAGAAGGAAGUGCUUCCACCCCCAUCUGCGUCAUCCUCCUCUUCCUCCUCCUCCUCCUCCCAGAAGCCAGCCAAGCCUGCACAAAAGAGGCCAAAGCGGGAAGCCGACCCCUGCAGCCAGGACCCUCCCCAAAGUGCCAGUAGUAGCAAGGGCAGCCACAAAGACUCUUCUGCUCCCAAGCACAGAAAAGUAGAGGGGAAGGGAUCUGGAAGCUGUCAGGAGCACAAAGGGUCUUCUGGAGAUACUGCAUAUCCUUUUCUAGUGCCUUCUUUGCCAAAUGGUAACUCUAAACCAGGGAAGCCUCCGGUGAAGCUUGACAGACAACAAGCAGAUUUUCACAUGAAGGAGGCCAAAAAGUUGAAGCAGAAAGCAGAAUUAAUGACGGACAAGGUUGGGAAGGCUUUUAAGUACUUGGAGGCCGCCUUGUCCCUUAUUGAGUGCGGGAUUGCCAUGGAGUCGGAGAGCCCGGCGUGCAAGUCGGCCUACUCGGUGUACGCAGAAAGCGUGGACCUCAUUAAAUUUAUAAUGUCAUUAAAAUCCUUCUCAGACGCCUCAGCUCCACAAGAGAAAAUAUUUGCUGUUUUAUGCAUGCGUUGCCAGUCCAUUUUGAACAUGGCGAUGUUUCGUUGUAAAAAAGAUAUAGCAAUAAAGUAUUCUCGUGCUCUUAACGAACACUUCAGCAGUCUUUUCAAAGUUGCCCAGGCGCCUUCUCCAUGCGUUGCAAGAACCACAGGCACACCGUCCCCUCUCUCUCCAAUGCCUUCUCCUGCUGGCUCUGUCGGGUCCCAGCCAAGUGCUGGCAGCGUAGGGAGCAGCGGCAUGCCUGUCACCAUCCAAAACAUGACAUCUUCAUAUGUCACCAUUACUUCCCAUGUCCUUACCGCCUUUGAUCUUUGGGAGCAGGCUGAAGUCCUUACAAGGAAGAAUAAAGAAUUUUUUGCUCAGCUCAGCACAAGUGUGUGUGCCUUGGCCCUCAACAGCAGUUUGAUGGAUCUGGUGUACUAUACAAGACAGGGUUUUCAGCGGCUAAAGCAAGCAACCAAAACACCUUAACGGAGGCCCAAGUUGAUUUGAUUUCUUGGGGACUUUUUUGCACAUUGAAAGCCUCAAAAACAGUUCAGACGUUUGUCUCAUCAAGACACCAAACUUGAGAAGAGAAGCACCAUGAGAUGGCCAGGACUCUUGUCCACUUAAACUUUCAAGAACUUAUGUGAUCGUUGGUUGGACAUGGUGGUUAUGCAGAAGCAGAAAGGAGGAGGCUGGCCUCAGAGAUGAUCUUGCCUUUCCUAACUAAAGGACAGAAGUGCAAUGUAGACUGAGUGGGCGUGUGAGUGGUCUAGAAACAUUUCCGUACUUUUUUUAACCAGCAGGAUGCAAACGGCAGAUGAAAUGAGGAGAAGCAGUUUCAGUUCUGAGAGCACGUUCCUGUCACCUCAGUAGCCACCCUAGUCUAGUCGCAGAAGGAACUUUUUUAAACAAUGAAUUUUGGUGUAGGGUUCUGUGGAUGAUUUUUUUUCUUUUAAGUUUUGGGGGAAAUAUUUGUUUAGUAAAUUUUGACGGUCAUCUAUAAAGCUAAGUUGUGAAGGACUCCACUGUACCCCACUUUCUGCCUGUGAACAGUGGCUUUGAUAAUACCAAGUAUUGUCACAAUUUAUGAAAUCGAAGGCAACUCCCCCUCCCCACCCCGCUCCCCCAUUGCCUGGAGUACCAUGCGUUCACCCCAGUUCUGAUUUGUCCGUCACUGCUGGGAGUCAGCGUAAGUCGGAGCAGUGGAGGGAGGAGCUACCGCCCACGGGGAAGCCAUCUUGAGCUCGCACGCACAAUGGAGGAUGUGGCGCUGCGGUCCCUACCCCCUGCUUCAGCGAAAGGCAGUCAACCGUUGACUAUAUUCUGAAUUUUCUACCUUGGGGAAGAAGGGAACCAACAUUUAUACCUGACCAGAUGGCUAAAGUGCUUUUUAGUUUUUGUUUAAGUAGAGCUGGAAUUUGAGGUGCUGAUCUGUGGUCUAAAGUUAUGUGGUAACUCAUGUUGUCUAACCAACUCACAAUUUUGUCAGCAAACAAAAAUGAAAUCUACUUCUUAGAGAGGCUAUAUUUUUCUGCUACAGAUUAUUUUAUAUUUAUAGCAAAAGUAGAUUUUUUGAGCCCUUGAUUGUCUAGGGUAAAUUAACUUCCUGAGAGGAUAUGGAGAUUUGGGUGGUUAAUUAGACUUAAAAAAAAAAAAUUGUCACCGCAUGCCUUCACUCCAAAGUGUUCUCAAUCAACUAGAUUUGAUUGGAUUGAAGAGGAACUGUGGCCUUCCCAUAUGUUGUUAUUGCCGUAUUAGAGAUAUUAAACCAAGUUCAUAGGGAAUGACCUAAAAGGAAAGAAAACAAUCAAAAUUCCCACAUAACCAUAAGCACAGAUUUUUUUUAAUCGAAACUUUGAAGGUUAUUGGAAGCAUUAUUUUGAGUUCAGUAUUUUUAAAAGCCAAUUCUUGAUAUCCCUUUUAGAAGUAGAAUUUGCACAUGUAUUAAAAUUGAGGAGUGAGUGUUAUCACUACCCUUGGUUCAUUUUUCUCUCCCUUUAUCCCAUUCUGCCCCUUUACAUUUUGUUUCCUACCCAGAAUGUUUGUCAUUUUCAUACUACUAAUGAAGAAGGGAAUGCCAUCUUUAUAAUGAAGAGGUCAAAAGUCCGUAUGAGGAAUGUAAGAACUCAGUGAUUUGGUCAGUACAUAAAGGGAUGUGUAGAGGAUGGGAGUGGUGAUGAUUUUCACUUAUGAAUUGUCUGUGUGAAGCUGUUCCUUCAGUGUCUUAUCCAACCUAUUCUUUUUUAUCGGUAGCUAGUUGAGAGGUUUGGCACCUCAUGUUUGGUGAAGGCCAGAGAGUUACGUCCAACAGGAAUAUAUCUGAGCAUGAGAACCGGAUAUGUGAUCUUGAUGGACCUAUUUCAUUCACUGAUGUUCUGAAGCAGAGCCAUUCAACAGAACCUUCCGUUAAUUAAGCAGUAAUUGUCUGGUGGGUUGUGACAUCGUGUCCAUCUCUUAAUAUGUGUGAAACAGGACACCAGAAUGAGGUUUAUGUGAUUAUUUAAUGUCCUUUCCCCCCUUAUUCACUUGGUCUUCUCUGUCCCCCUUAACCCACCAUUCCCCAGUACAAGUCACCUGUCAGUUUGGGAGGCCAUGUCAUCUUCAGACAGGUUAUGAUCUAUGCAGACUGUGUUGGAGUGUGUGUGUGUGUGUGCGCGCGCGCGCGUGCGCGCCAUCUAUGAGCAACAGCGCUCCUGUGACUGAAGACAUUUCUGAGUCCAUUUCUCAGCCACUUCUAAAAGAAAAAGGAAAAAAAAAAACAAAAACCAAAAAACCAAUUGCUUUCUCAGUGGCCUUAUUCUUUGUGAGUAGUGUUUUUCCCCCCUGACCUUUAUAUUGAAAAUUUGUCCCUUGAAAAACUAAUCAAUUUGCAGAGAUCAAUUUGUAGUAUUUUGAACAUGGAGUAUUUCUGAUUCUUACUGCAUUGUACCUAAAAGGAUUCCCGGUGGCUACUUUUUAAAUAGAGUAUGUGAAAAAUAGUGGCUGAUGAAUCCUUAAUGUUCAUAAGGUCUUUUUCCUGUUACAGUUGUAUAUAGAAAUCUAGAGAAUUUUAAAAAUCACUGCACUUUUUCACUGCAUGCUUAAAUUCCCAAAGGCAGAAUUUGUACUGAGGUAGAUAAUUGAAAGGACUAGAUUAUAAAAUGAGACAAAUACAAAAAUAUCUUAAGGAGUGAAAAUUGUAAAAUCUUGCCUUUGGCACUACAGUUUUGUGUGUUCAUGUGCGUGUGUGUAUGUGUGUGUGUGUCUUUACUAAGAAAUGGAAGAACACUGUUUUACUUUUUAAAAUGUUGAAUGUUUCUGUCCUUUCUGGAGAUAAUUAAAAUGUGAAUCACUGAGCUUGAGAUUUUAGCCAGACUAGGGGUCCUGCUAAAGAAUGAAAGACGCUUCACUGAAAUUUGCCAAAUGACACUGGGUUAAGAAUGUGAAAACACUGCCCACAUGCAAGCUGUGGUGAAGAAGCGAGGGUCCAGCAGGCCUCUUGUCAGGAUGAGAACCGCAACAGAAUGGCUUCUACGUCACACUCAGUGAAUGACACGGAGUCAUUUUAUUUUUUUUAAAUAAAAUGACCUUUAUUUUAUAGAUCUGUUUUGACCAAGAUACUUUGCUUUCUCCCCCAGACAAGUUAGAACACGUUUAUAUCCUUUAAUUCCAGAUCUCAGGCUUUUGAGAACCUAACAGUCGACCCCUUUCUGGCCGAAAAUUUGCCUUAAUUGGUACCUUAAAUAUUCAUGGUAGUAGAGUCAGGAGCUUACUAUUUUGUUAGGAUUCCUGCCCAAUAAUUUUAGAAGCAAAAAGAUGAACCAUUAUGUCCUCCAAAAUGAACAGCUUUUGUGUCUAAUCUAGAAAGGACAUGUGUGUGUUGUAUGCAUGCAAACAUUCACACACACAGAGUAUAAGGCUGUUUGAAUUAGAUGUAUUCCUUGUGCCUUUGUUGACCAAACCUAGUUUUGAAAUAAUACUAAUUUGGGGAUAAUGCUGUAUUUAUUUUGAUACGGCUUUAAGACAUGUUAAUGUGGGUCUUGCACCUUUUGUUCUCCUGCUUCAUGAAGUUUGAUGCGUAUUUAUUCAUCUUCAGGUUAAUGAAUCCAGGAAGGCUUGAUUCCCUACCUCCCACCACCGGGUCUGCUUUUUUUCUUAAGGAUUUUUUUUCCCCAGACACUACACAAAUCUUUGAAAAACAUUGCCACUUAUUCUAUUACAGUCUUUACCAUCAAGUACCAGUAUUUCCAUUUUGCUAGAGUAGUUGAGCUUCUUUUAGAAACACAGAUGCAGAGAUUUGCUCACUGGAAAGUGAGUUAUGUAAAUGGCCCUUGAGGCAUGUAGGAGAUCAUGGCGGUACUUCUUUGUUCCCUUUCUGCAGUGGGUUGUCUCUUUUGAUUGUUUUUGGUCCUAUUGAGAAUUAACGAAUAGAAGGUUUCUCCUGUGCCUUUUUAUCUUCCGUCAUUUUGUUUGCUGGAGGUGGAGUGGCAGAAUUACAUGGUGUUGCGGAUUUUCCUUCAAACACCGCAGGUGGUAUUUCUACCAUAUAAACCUCCAGUAUGCAAUCCAGUUGUGUUGGUUUCUCGUCGACUGAGAAUGAUGACACUGGCCAUGUUCUUGAGUUCUUAACGAUGAGUUGGCAAGCACCAUCUGUCUGCUUACGGGGGCUGUGAAUUUCCCAUUGUCCCAGGGAAAUCACACUAUGUUCCACUGUGCAACAGAUCUCAACAGGUACUGUGAUGGGUAAGAAAGUGCCUGUAUUUCUCUACCCACAAAGACAGGAAGGAAACACAGCUCCUGUGAGCCUAGAUGAUACUCUACUGGUCUGGAAGGACAAGGGAAUAAGACCACUGGCAGCAAGGCUGGCCCAGCUGCACUGGUAAGACCAGGCGAUGGCCGACCUAAGGAAGGUAAUGUGCUUUGCUUAAAAGUAGAUGUUUAAGUGAUGCUUAACACAGGCAGUAUUAACUUCGCCUUUUGUUCGGGCCAUCAACGUGUAUUGUUAAAAUUACUGCACAUAUCCCCUCAGAUAUCAAGUAUACACUGUUCUUGUGUGCGUGUGUGUGUGUGUGUGUGUGUGUUUAUAGGCAUGUGUCCCAAAUCUUCUUUGUUUUUUGUUUCUUUCUGAAUGUGAUCAUGUUUUGGAUGAUACCUGAGCAGGGUUGCCUUUUUUUAUUUAUUACCAUUAUAUAUUAUAUUAUAUUAUAUAUUUGUUGCUUUCUUAUAACUUUAGAGGAAGUCAAAUCUUGGUAUUAAAAUUGUUUAAAAAAGGAGUAAGUUGGUCCAGUUGAUAAACGAUCACUGGUCUGAAAUAUGAAUUUGUCUUUAGUUCUUGUGGAAUAACGUGCCAGCUGUCUAGUCCACACAGUGAGUUUGUACGUAGGAUAGGGAAGCAGUGAUGCUCUCAAUGGGAAGAUGUGCAACCCAAGUGACGGGGACUCCAUGUAUUUUAUCUACUUCAGCAAUGGAACUGCAACUUGGGGCUUUUGUGAAUAAAAUUUAGCCGCCUUGUAUAGUCCUUUGAAAGAGACAUAUGUGAUCUGUGAAAAUUAUAGUUUUCUUUUUUUAGAAGAAAAAUUUGCAAAAGAUCUUUCCAAAGAUAACGUGCCACAGAUCUUUUGUUUGUUGUUCUCUGUAAUGAGGAUUAAUUGCUGUUUAAAAAAAAUGUAAUUGACUUGUUAAUCUUCAAAUUCUUUCCUUUUCACAAGAGGAUCGAGCUGUAAAAAAAAAAAUUAAUAAAAAUUUAGAGAAAUCACUGGGGUUGAAUCCAUGCUUUCAUUUUGCCUGAAUAAAGUAAUUCCUAAAAUUGCUAUAUAUAAUUACCACUUACAGCCAAGAAGAUUCUGACAUGGUGGAAUAACACACCCUCAUUUAUUAUUUAUUUUGUUGAAAUGGGAAAAGACAUGUGGGCAGAGGGAAGCUCAUCCUUCUUUUAUUUUUAAGAACUUCUGUCACACAGAUUAACCUCUCACGAGUGUGGUAUCUUCUCUUUCUGACAUUGAGUGCCAGGUGCACCGGUGACCAUAAUUUGCCUGUUUUCAAUAUUUGUUGGGUGGACAGAUUUGUUAGUACUGAAAGGCUUUGAGAGGCCGUCUGAUCUCUCCUCCCUUUGCUACUCUGAAAGAACUCAUGUUCUUCCUCAGUGAUUUUGGUAAAUCAGGAAAAACUGAGGUGCUGAAAUCUGACUUGGUGAAUUUGAAUCCUGGUUCUUGAGUUUGCUGUGUGGCCUUGGGCAAGUCACUUAACCUCUCUGGGGUUUUCGCCUUUAUCAGCUUCGUUGAUUUGGUGUCUAACUAGUAGUAAGAUGGUAAGGAUUGGGCUAGAUGGUUCUGGAGAGCUUAGCAUAGUACCUGGCAUGAACAUUCACAAAUGUUCGUGGCUCCUUUAAUUUACUUCUUCCCCUUACUGCACCACAAUAUCCCCACAGCUACCCUCUAGCCUCUGACUGAACACUGAGAAAGACCUCACUACCCUCCUCUUUUUGUUUCAUUUUUUGUUCUGUAGGUUAGGUGACCUCUACUUGCAUUGGUCCUGCUGAACAGACCCCCAUCCUCACUCAGCAAGCUUGUGGUAGAAUCGACAAGCAGCAGGAACUGAACAGGACUCUGUCGGUGUCUGUGGUUUCCCGUAGACCACACUCCGCUGAAGGCAAGACUCUAGUGCGACAUCAAGGCUCAGAUAAUAAAGAACUGUGCCAUUCCAACAGACUGGAGGGCAGACCUGGAACACUUUCUAAACAGACAAUUCUAUUUUAGCUUCAAAAGACUAUGUUCCUGUCCUGGUCUUUGAAGAAACUCUUCUUGUAGGCAGGACUCAGCACCCACGAUUGCAACUGAGGAUUCGCCAAGCAUCUUAAGAGCCAUGCAAGCUUAAAGCUGCACAGUUGGAUACAAACUUCAGAGAAAUCCUCACCACAGCUUCGCUGUCUCACUCACGUUCACACUGCAAACCAGGAAGACCUGUAGACUCUCACUGCUUGCCCCCACUCCAUCUGAACCCAACACUAGAAAUUUUCUCAACUGACAGCUCUGCAGUUUACUGGAACUAUUAAUUUUUAUCUUUUGUUUCCGCUGAAAUGCAUCUUGUUAAACUACCUGUUGGCUCACAUUAUACAGAGACCUAAUUCAGGUGAAAGCUCAGCUGAAUCAGGGCAGGACGAAUAUAAGGGUGUUUUAAGAAAUCGUGAGGACAUGAAUGCUAAUACAUCAUGUUGUGCCUGUGUAUGUAAGUGGGUUUCAUUUUUUUCCCCCAAGUGGUUAUCUCCACUCUGGGGAAUCUUCCAGUCCUUGGUGCUGUUUUCCUUACAGCCAUCAUAUUCACCUCUCCGAUGCGUUGUCCGCUCUUGAGGGUUUUCGGUGCCUGUCACAGCCGCCGACAUACCAUUACCAGACAACUGGAUGAACGCAACAGUAACCCCAGGUACAGUGAAGAUGGUGACUACACGGCCCUCCAGUCUGACAACUCAACUGGAUGAAAACCCUGAACACGUGAUUCUGUGGUGUGACUCGAUGAACGGUGGUAACUGAGAACAGCACUGUACUGGUUAAUAGUACUCUCAGCCUGCCAAGGAAAUGACCAAAAGGGGGCGGUUAUUAAAAACAAAUGGAGACCAACCUUAAAAAUUCCUUGGGCCGACAAAACCAGUUUAGUCAUACACACUGAACUCACUUUGCAAGAUUAACUUGACCUGGGUCAUUUCUUGCUUAUGAUUCUAAAAUUCAUAAGCAAAACUUGAAAUGUUUCCCAAAGUUGAUAAGAGGUGACCACUGACCAGUUCCUUGUUAAUCACUGGGAAGAAUAAACAGUCAUGCUUUCCCACUACAUAAACUCUUUGAUAAUACACCCUUGAGCCUCAUUCCGUGGUUUGAAUGCUCCCAGUAUAUGCACAAUAAACUUUUAUUAAUUACUACUUUGGUAAUUGGUAUUCUGUUAUGUAUGCUGCUGCUGUCAAAAGUUCAGAAAUAGCCAAAAGUUGGUAACCAGUUGGUGACUGGAUAAACAAUGUGAUAUAUACAGAAGAGGAUAUAUGCUAUUCAGCAAUAAAAAUGCUAGAGUAUAGAUUGGUUUUUGAGGUGAACCUCAAAAUAUUUAUACUAAGAAGCCAGAUGCAAAACUGUCUAGAAUACGAUUUCACCUAUACCCAGAAAAGGCAAAUUUAAAGAAGGAAACCACAUCACUGGCUGCCUGGGGAGAAGUGGAGAUGAAUUGCAGGAAGGGUCAUAAAAAUGUGGGGGCAGGGAUUGAUGAAAAUGUUUAAAUCUGGAUUAUGGUAAUGUUGGCACAACUCUAAACUUGGUAAAGGAUGGAUUAUGAACAUGGUAAAUGAAUUUUAUAUAAAUUAUACCUCAAUAAAGCUGGAUCCAAAACACACUGAUUUAAUACUGCAUUAGAAUAGGUACUGAGAAAUGAAGUAGAAGGAAAAAAUGAGAGCACUGUUAGAAUAUAAUACAAAUAGCCCUGAAUCCUUUCAGUCCUAGGCUCUGGUUUCCAGACAGGAAAAAAGAACAUUGUUUACAGAUGAAUGUGGCAGGGGCAGGGGAAUCAGGUAAAAAAUUUAUUACUUUUGGCCAGAGGCCAAAAUGGAAACACUAAAAAAAAAGUUGCAAAGCUUCAGGCAGAACACAAAUAUUCUCUUAAUGAAAACCAGUACUGUGGAGUCACAUUUAUAAAGGGAUUUAUAGUAUCAAAUUAAGGGUCUGGUGUGUAUAAAAAAACUCAUACUGGAGACAAGAAGUGAUAGACACAUCUAUUCCAAAGUAAUGUUAUAUAUCCUGAAUUAUCCUUUAUAAAUUCCUGAUUUUUAAAUUUACUCAAGAAAGAAACUUCAAGGGGCACCCUGAGUGGCUCUGUGGGGGGUCUACUUCUCCCCUGCCCUUGUUUGCUCCCUCUCACUCUCUCAAAUAAAAUCUUAAGAAAACAAACAAACACGAAAAACA